AAUAAGAAGAAGAAGAAAUCGCCUUCGCAGUUCGCGCACUGUUUUGCUAAUAUUUAGCACCUUGAAUAAAACGGACUUUGGAGUCAGUUCAGUUCUUAAAAAAUAACUAUGGAUGUCGGUGAGCUGCUGAAUUAUCAGCCCGAGAGAGGAGGUAAGAGGACGAGGGAGGAAGGCAGCUCUGAGGAGACUCGGGCGAAGAAGAUGAGCAGGGAGCCUCCCAGACCUGCGGCGCCGAUCCCAGAACCCGAGCCGGAUGAUCCGGAGAACAGAGAGAGGAUCCUGGAGAAGUUGAUGGACCAGGAUGAGGUUGACCCUGAGGGCGAGCCGGUGGACGAGGGCAUGGUGAAGAAGAUGAUCCUGACCUUCGAGAAGAGGUCGUACAAAAACCAGGAGCUCAGGAUUAAAUUCCCAGACAAUGCAGAGAAGUUCAUGGAGUCUGAGCUGGAUUUGAACGACAUCAUCCAGGAGAUGCACGUGAUUACCACCAUCCCUGAGCUGUAUCACCUUCUGGUGGAGCUGAAUGCUGUGCCGUCUCUACUCGGCCUGCUGAGCCACGAAAACACUGAUAUCGCCAUCGCAGUGGUGGACCUGCUGCAGGAGCUCACAGACGUGGAUACGCUCAACGAGAGCGACGAAGGAGCCGAGGUCCUCGUUGACGCCUUGCUGGAGGGCCAGGUGGUGGCGCUGAUGGUGCAGAACAUGGAGCGGCUGGACGAGACGGUGAAGGAAGAAGCAGACGGCGUUCACAACACGCUAGCCGUGGUGGAGAACAUGACCGAGUUCAAACCAGGGCUGUGCACCGAAGCCGCUCAGCAGGGACUCAUGCAGUGGCUCCUCAAGAGGAUUAAGGCUAAGAUGCCCUUCGAUGCUAACAAGCUGUACUGCAGUGAGAUCCUGGCAAUCCUCCUCCAGAACAACGACAGCACCAGAGAGCUUUUAGGUGAGAUGGACGGUAUCGACGUGCUCCUGCAGCAGCUCUCAGUGUUUAAGAGGCACAACCCGACCACACCAGAGGAGCAGGAGAUGAUGGAGAACCUGUUUGACGCUCUCUGCUCCUGCCUCAUGUUGCCAGCCAACCGUGACCGCUUCCUCAAGGGGGAGGGGCUUCAGCUGAUGAACCUCAUGCUCAGGGAGAAGAAGUUGUCUCGAACCAGCGCCCUCAAGGUCCUGGACCACAGCAUGAUCGGCCCCGAAGGCGCAGAUAACUGUCACAAGUUUGUCGACAUCCUCGGACUUCGCACCAUUUUCCCGCUGUUAAUGAAGACGCCGAAGAAGAUGAGGAAGGCUGGAGUGUCAGACAAGGAACAUGAAGAGCAUGUGUGCUCCAUCCUGGCCUCCAUGCUGAGGAACCUGAAGGGGCAGCAGAGGAGCCGCCUGCUCAGCAAGUUCACUGAGAACGACUGUGAGAAGGUGGACAGACUGAUGGAGCUACACUUUAAAUACCUGGAGGCCGUUCAGCUCGCAGACAGGAGGAUUGAUGGGGAGAAACACGAUAUGGUGCUGCGGGGUGAGAUCCUGGACGACUCCAUGGAGGAUGAGUUUUACCUGCGACGUUUAGACGCCGGUCUUUUCGUCCUACAGCUGAUCUGUUACAUCAUGGUGGAGAUCUGCAGUGCAGGAGUUCCUCAGCUGCAGCAGAGAAUACAUCAAAUCCUGAACCUGAGGGGCGGCUCGGUUAAGAUGGUGCGGCACAUCAUGAGAGAAUACGCAGAGAGCAUCGGCGACGGCAAGAACGAGGAGUACAGGCUGAGCGAGCAGAAAAGGAUUAUGGAGCUUCUGGAGGACUUCUGAAUCUCCAAAAAGGAUCACAGAUCUGACCAAAAGUGACUGAUUUCUGAUUUGUCUGUAAAUAUCCUGUUUGAUCAGCUGACGUCGUGACCCACGGCUCGUGUUUCUGGCAGCACGAGUGUCACGAAGGUCGACGCCGCACCGUGUUUCUGCCGUUUAUGUGCUUUUUGUACAUUUUGUACACGAGUCAUUUUUAAACUGAAAACUGUAAGAAGAACAAGGGACAUGAUGUAAUUAAAAUAUCUUUAACAUGUCA